AAUCUGCGGAAUAAGAUACAGGAAAGGAAUCAUGUGUCCUGGUAAUAAACACGUAACAGAACCACGAAGGGGCAGGUUUGGAAAGCAUUUCGCUAAUUUAAUCAGUGUAACUGAAAGCUGCUUAUUCCGCGAACAAACGGAACGAAUCAAGCCUACGCCUGAGGUUUCUGCCCGAUUCUGAGAGCCGCUUCCGUUGCUCAGCGGAAGUGCGGGUCGCAAGAGGACGACUCUCAGAAGGAUCCGCUACGGCGGUGUGCACGACCGGAAUCAUGUCGAGUUUGGCUGUGAGAGACCCCGCAAUGGAUCGAUCCCUGCGUUCGGUGUUCGUGGGGAACAUUCCGUAUGAGGCAACUGAGGAGCAGUUAAAGGACAUUUUCUCGGAGGUUGGUUCUGUUGUCAGUUUCCGGCUGGUAUACGAUAGAGAGACGGGAAAACCCAAGGGUUAUGGCUUCUGUGAAUACCAAGAUCAGGAGACCGCGCUUAGUGCCAUGCGUAACCUUAAUGGCCGGGAGUUCAGCGGGAGAGCGCUGCGGGUGGACAAUGCUGCCAGUGAAAAGAACAAGGAGGAGUUGAAGAGCUUAGGGCCUGCAGCGCCCAUCAUUGACUCACCCUAUGGAGAUCCCAUAGAUCCUGAAGAUGCCCCUGAGUCAAUUACCAGAGCGGUCGCUAGUCUUCCUCCGGAGCAGAUGUUUGAGCUGAUGAAACAGAUGAAGCUUUGUGUCCAAAACAGUCACCAGGAAGCCCGCAACAUGUUACUUCAAAACCCACAGCUGGCUUAUGCCCUGUUGCAGGCACAAGUAGUGAUGAGAAUCAUGGAUCCAGAGAUUGCUCUGAAAAUUCUGCAUCGCAAGAUACACGUCACACCACUGAUCCCAGGCAAAUCUCAGCCUGUCUCUGGACCUGGCCCUGGGCUCUGCCCAGGACCUAACGUUCUGCUAAACCAGCAAAAUCCUCCACCUCCUCAGCCUCAGCAUUUGGCUAGAAGACCUGUGAAAGACAUUCCUCCUCUGAUGCAGACCCCUAUACAGGGUGGAAUUCCAGCGCCUGGGCCAAUGCCAGCCGCAGUUCCUGGACCUGGUCCUGGUCCCUUAACUCCUGGUGGAGCAAUGCAGCCCCAAGUUGGAAUGCCAGGAGUUGGUCCAGUGCCUUUAGAGCGGGGUCAGGUACAGAUGUCUGAUCCUAGAGCUCCUAUACCUCGUGGACCCAUGACUGCUGGUGGCCUGCCUCCUCGCGGACUUUUAGGAGAUGCGCCAAAUGAUCCACGUGGAGGAACUUUGCUUUCAGUCACUGGAGAAGUAGAGCCCAGAGGCUAUUUGGGCCCACCUCAUCAGGGUCCCCCCAUGCAUCAUGCCACUGGUCAUGAUGGUCGUGGUCCUUCUUCACAUGAGAUGCGGGGAGGGCCACUGGGAGAUCCCAGACUGCUAAUUGGGGAGCCCAGAGGACCCAUGAUUGAUCAAAGGGGUCUACCUAUGGAUGGCAGAGUUAGUCGAGAUUCUCGAGGGAUGGAGACGCGAGUCAUGGAAACUGAUGUCUUAGAGACACGAGUAAUGGAGAGAAGAGCAAUGGAGACCUGUGCAAUGGAAACCAGAGGAAUGGAAGCGAGAGGCAUGGAUGCAAGAGCAAUGGAGAUAAGGGGCCCUGGCCCCAGUUCGAGAGGCCCUAUGACUGGUGGAAUCCAAGGCCCUGGCCCCAUUAAUAUGGGGGCAGGUGGUCCACAAGGACCCAGGCAGGUCCCAAGCAUUUCAGGAGUGGGAAAUCCUGGAGCUGGCAUGCAGGGGGCUGGCAUGCAAGGAGCAGGUAUACAAGGAGCAGGCAUGCAGGGAGCGGGCAUACAAGGAGUGGGCAUGCAGGGAACGGGCAUGCAAGGGGCAGGCAAGCAAGGUGGAGGUCAGACUAGCAGUUUUAGUCCUGGGCAGAGCCAAGUAACUCCACAGGAUCAGGAAAAGGCAGCUUUGAUCAUGCAGGUUCUUCAACUGACUGCAGAUCAGAUUGCCAUGUUACCUCCUGAGCAAAGGCAGAGUAUCUUGAUUUUAAAGGAGCAAAUCCAGAAGUCCACUGGAGCUUCUUGAAAGGUUUUUGAAAGUUCUUUCUAAAGUAGUUGCAGAAAGUUUUUCUAUAACAUGGAGAAGGGGUGCAAAAAGCUGACUUUUGCAUCCCCAUGCUUUAAUGGUUAGAGGUUUCCCUCUUCCCAGAACCUAAUGUCAUUUCUUGUCAUUUUCUUUUUUCCUUUUUAUUUUUAUUGGUGGGUAAGGGGAGGGAAUGGGUCUGUUCACUUUAGUUUACUGUGUACAAAAGUAACUGAACUUGAUUAGUUUAUACUCCUAAGAUUGCAAAAAAAUACGCAGCAAUAUUAAGUCUGCAAUGUUAAACUGCAUUUUAAAAGUAUUGGUAUGACAUUGUGAAAACUGCACAAAACUAAAAUGUGACUUGCUCACAUGGUAAUGUACUAAGAUACUUAACGAUUUUUGGUUGUGUAAGAAAGAUGUUUUACCUCAAAGU